AUGCUAAAUGGUACCCUUUCUGAUUCAUCUGAUUUGAACUUUGGUGUCCCGCAGGGUUCGUGUUUGGGGCCUCUUCUUUUUAUAUUAUAUGCCUCCAAACUGUUCGAUAUUAUUAACAAUCACUCGCCAGAUUCACAUGGUUUUGCUGAUGACACUCAGUUGUAUGUGUCAUUCAAACCUGACUACCCAUGCGAUCAAUGUGAAGCGAUCUCGGUAAUGGAAAGCUGUGUCAACGAUCUUCGGAAAUGGAUGAUUCAAGAUAAAUUGAAACUAAAUGACAGCAAAACUGAACUGCUAAUAAUUGGAUCUAAGCAGCAACUGCAGAAACUUAACCCAUGCCAUGUACGUAUCGGGAAUGCUGAUGUCCUUCCUGUACCAAUAGCUCGUGAUCUAGGAGUUUGGCUUGAUUCAAAUUUAUCAAUGUCAUGUCAUAUAACAAAAACAUGUGGUGCCGCAUUCUAUUGGCUUCACAACAUCAAACGCAUCAGCAAGUUUUAUCUCGGGAAAAUCUGUUGA